CAUUUUUCCCUAAAACAGCAAUAAGAAGAAGGGUGCAGAUGACGAUCGGUGCUACCACCGGUGACCACGGGUAUGACCGAGCGACAGCGGUGAAGCAAUUCGAUGAGUCCAAGAUCGGAGUUAAAGGCCUUGUAGAUGCCGGCGCCACCACCAUCCCUCCUUUCUUCAUCCACCCACCUGAAAACCUCCCCAAUUCCAUCCCCUCCACCGCCCUUCCCGCCUCCGAUAUUAUCCCCGUCGUCGAUCUUACUGGCGUAGAUUCCGAUCGUCGAUCUCGCAUCGUGGAACAAAUCCGAGAUGCUUCUAGAGAGUUCGGCUUCUUCCAGGUCAUCAACCAUGGCGUCCCCUCCGACGUUAUCAACCGCACGAUCGACGCCAUCCAAGCCUUCAACGAGCAGCCAACGGAGGUGAAGUCGCAGCUCUACAGUCGGGAGAUGGGUCGCGGUGUGACCUUCUCCACCAAUGUCGAUCUCUUCAAAUCCAAAGCCGCCAGCUGGAGGGACACGAUUCAGAUGAGGUUGGGCCCUACUCAUCCCGACUUCGAGCAUAUUCCGGACAUAUUCCGGCGAGAGGUGCUGGAGUGGGACCACCACUCAAAACGGGUGGGAGAGGUUCUGAUGGAGAUCUUGUCGGAAGGUUUGGGUGUGACGCCGGAGAGGUUGAAGGAGCUUUCUUGUUUGGAAGGAAGGGUGAUGGCGGCCCACUACUACCCCUACUGCCCUCAACCUGAUCUAACGCUGGGGAUUACAUCUCACACCGAUCCGGGAGUGUUGACUGUGCUGUUGCAGAACCAUGUCGGAGGUUUGCAGGUGAAAUACGGUGAUGAGUGGUUGGAAGUGAAACCCGUUCCUGAUGCUAUUGUCAUCAACAUCGGCGACAUUCUCCAGAUUAUAUCGAACGAUGAAUACAAAAGCGUAGAACAUCGAGUGCUAGCGAAUCCUCACCGGGAGUCACGAAUCUCGAUUGCCAUUUUCAUGAAUCCAGGUAAUAGGGAGGACUUGUAUGGACCCCUGCCGGAGUUGAUAUCACCGGAAAAACCUGCACUGUUCCGGCAAUUUCAACUUGGAGAAUAUAUGAAAAAGUUCUUCACCAAGGAGCUGGAUGGCAAGACAAUGGUAAAUUUCUUCAGAUUGUGAGGG